UUUCCAUACAUUGUAUCACCAAUGCCUAUCAUAAGGAAAGGCAGAGAGUGAAAGAGAAAAAUAGGAAAACAAAUAAAUACGUUUCUUUUAAUUAUUAAUUAAUUGUAACUAGUUCCUUCUUUUUAAUAAAUCAUCUGUGGUCUGACUGCUCAAAUUAAUCAUCAACUAUUUUUCUCAUCAUUACUUAAACUGAAACUAUCAAUUUGUACACUGAAACCCACCUCAUCAAUCAUGGAGGGUGAAGAUGUGAUGGUAUCCAUUAAACACACCCGAGAUGAAGCUGAUACACAAUUGUCUAAGCCAAUAACCUACGCUGAAUGGAAAAAUAUAUCUUCAAGAACUGUGGACAUGGUAGAAGGAUUCAGAGAAGCUGGUAUUGUUGAAAAAUUAUUACCCUCCUAUGGUUUUAUUCAGUGCUGUGAGAGACAAGCUCGCCUCUUUUUUCAUUAUAGUCAAUUUAAAGGUAACAUUGAUCAUCUUAAGCUAGGUGAUCCAGUUGAAUUUGAGAUGACAUAUGACCGUCGAACUGGUAAACCUAUUGCUUCUAUGGUUGUUAAAAUUUCAUCUGAAGCAUUUCUUGGUGAAGAACUAAGCAGUGAGAGAGUCAGUGGUUUCAUCACCACCGAAUUAGGUGAAGGAAGAGAAGGCCGAGUUGCCUAUGAACAUAGAGGAGAAUGUUUCUUCCUUCCAUUCACAACAAAAGAUCUUGAAGACACAUUACAAGUUGUUAAACAAAAUGAUCGAGUCACUUUCCUGAUUACCCCAGAUAAAAGUGGUAACCUUCGUGCCCGAAAAAUCGCCUUAGAGACACCAACUCCUGAACGUUAUCAAGGUGUUGUCUGCACUUUAAAAGAUUCUUUUGGGUUCAUCGAAAGAGCUGAUGUUGUCAAAGAAAUUUUCUUUCAUUCAUCAGAAUGUAAAGACUUUAAAAGCCUAUCUCUUGGUGAUGAUGUUGAAUUCAGGGUACAGACACGCAAUAACAAGGAGGUUGCUGUUAGUGUUGACAGACUCCCUCCGGGAACUGUUGUUUUUGAAGAUAUUUCUCCUGAAAUUAUCACUGGUCGUGUAAGUAAGUUAAUUGAUCGUCACAAUAAUCAUUCCUUUAGCCGUCAACAUUUCACAAGCAAUAGCCUCCAAUCGGGAUCAUCAAGUAGUGAACCCUUUCCCGGUAAAAUAGUCUACAUGGAUGGCAAUACUGAAAAAGAGAUCUCAUUUGGCGAUAAAGAUGUCAGAGGUGACUUCACCUUACAAGUCGGAGACAUGAUUCAAUUUAAUGUAGUAACUGAUCGUCGUGACAAACUUGAACAUGCAACCAAUAUAGCAAUUCUAGAUGAGACUUUUGAAAAUUCUGAAGAAAUCAGAGAACAAGGAUAUAUUGCCGCUCUCAAAGAUUCCUAUGGUUUUGUCAAGUGUCUAAAUCGUGAAGGAACUAGAAUAUUUUUCCGUUUUGCUGAACUAUUGGAACCAAGUAUUAUUCCUAAAUUGAAUGAGGAAGUCGGAUUCACCAUCGCUCCCGAUCACUCCAUGCCUGGUCGUUUACAAGCUAUUCGAAUAAAGUUUCUGCCCGAUGGUACAAUAUUCAAGAAUCUUUAUGCAAAACCUAACUUUGGAACUGAAAACAGUAGUGACGGAAGACUGCCAGCUGGAUUCGGUAGUAAUUUGGAAUCAAGAUUAAGGAAUGGUUAUGGCAAUAACAAUAUGGAUCCGAUGAGUGAAAGUAAUGGAAAUUGUGAAUUUCCUUUAAUAGACUUAAACACUGAUGAAUCAACGACAACAGGUAAAUCCUCUUUAAGUUCUGGCGAUUAUCUUUCCAAAAGUGCCGAACCCCAAUUCGGGAAAACUCAAAACUCUUGGUCUCACAUAUUGUCCCAAUUACCAAUAACAAUGAACUCCGACCCUACCAUUGAAAAUAAUCCAAAUACGAAUUCUAAUACCAACAAAGAUACCAACGAAAAUUCGCAAUUGAUUGAUAUAUUCUCUUCAGUUGAUGAGACACCCUGUGCACCUUUAAUCAAACCAUUGGAACCAGCUUUGUUAAAAAAUGCACUCAGCAAUGAAAACAACUGCAAUGACAAUGAUCCGACCAAAUUCGCCAAAUUAAUUGGAGACAAUCAGAAUGAUACAGAUUCCAAUAAAAAUGCAGCCAAUUGUACUUACACUGGCAAAAAUGGAAUGAAAGCUGUACAAAGAGGAUUUGUUGCUGCUUUAAAGGAUAGUUUUGGUUUUAUUGAAAACGAAAACCACAAAAAUGAAGUUUUCUUUCAUUAUAGUGUUUAUGAUGGUAAUAUCCAAUCAUUAGAGCUAGGAAACGAAGUAGAAUACACUUUAUCCGUCAAAAAUUCCAAAUUGAACGCUGAGUAUGUCAAAAAGUUACCUUCAGGUAGCAUUCCGGGUGAAGAAAGUGAACCUGAAAUGUUGAAUGGUACAGUUAUCAGGUCAGUUAGGUGUUUAAACCCGGACCAAGAUGAAUAUUGGGGACUAGUUCAAGUCAUCGAUUCACCACAUGAAGAAGGCCAUUACAAACCAGAUAAUGUUGUUUACGAAUUCAGUAUGACAAGUUUGGCCGAUAUUUAUGAUUAUGUUCAAAAAGGUGACUUAGUUACUUUCCAAUUGAGCUCUGCUAAUGAAUCUGGUCACAAAAGGGCUUUAAACAUAAAGCCUGUUCGAUCUAAAGUCCAAGCUACUGUCGAUGCUAUAAAAGGAAAUUUCGGGUUUCUCAAUUACGAAGUGGAAGAAGGUAAAAAAUUAUUCUUUCACAUGUCCGAAGUUAGAGGUGAGAACACUAUUCUCAGUGCGGGUGAUACUGUUGAAUUUGCUAUCGUGCAAAAUCAGCGAAAUGGAAAAUAUUCUGCCUGUUCAGUUGUUAAACAAAGCGAUGCUAUCAACACUCCUCGGCCUGAAAGACUUAUAACACGUUUGAAGUCAAUGGUUGUGGAUGAAAAUGUUGGACCAAAAAUGGUGCUGCUUCGUCAACCCAAGGGUCCAGAUGGAUCCAAAGGAUUUAGUGUCGUUCGUCAACCCGGAUCUUCAACAACCACCGUCACCAAUAACUGAACAUGCUCCAAGUUUAUUUGGAAAUUAUUUUAAAUGGAUAAAGUUCGUGAGAUGAUCAGUGAAAUCUACGGCUAAUACGGAUGAAACUCACUAGUUAAUUUUAACAAGAACAAUACCUGAGAACGAACUUUCCUUCAUCUCAUCAGUUAAUUACUAUUACACUGGAUAAAACGAAAAAACAAAAAAAAUUCCUGGCUUCAUUCUUUAAAUGGGAACCAUCUCAUUUCUGAUCAUUUUGUUUCCUCAAUUCACCCUUCAAGUCAUGGAAAGCACGAUGGAAACAGUUAUGGACAUUCGGUCUUCUUUCGAUCACUACUAUCUAUCAUCCUGUCUCCUCUAUUUCAGCCUUCCUUGCUUCAUCCUGCCAUCUCUAUCUCUAUCAUGACAACCAACACAACCUCUCCCACCAACCUUUUAGGUCCAAUUAAUGUCACUCAACCAAACACCCUUCCUCUUUAUGAGCAAAAGACUAUCCCCGUGAUAAAAAGCUUCAUUCUGACCUUAACGUUAAGAUGGAGUCACAUCUCAUGUGCCAUGAGUAUCUUCUCUAUACUUUCUCUUUCUGAAGUCUCCAUCUUUAUCUAUCAUUUAUCUUCAUUUUCCUAUUCCCUUUUAUUCUCUCUCUCCCUUUCCCUCUCCCUCUCUCUCUAUCGUUCAUUCUCUCCAUCCUUCCCAAUAUCAACAAGAUCUUUCAACCUCUCGUUAAGACUAACGAUUCUCUUUAAUGAACUAUUAUCAUGUUGCAACGAAGUUGUGAUAGUGAAUAGGGUUAAGUUAGUCUUUGGUCUCAUCAAGACCAUCGUUCUUUUGGUCUUAUGUUGACCGAAAAUUGUAAUUGCUCCAAUUUUAAGAAACAAAAGACAGCAAAAGUAAAUCAUAUCCAAAAUUGCAUGUUAUAAUCUAUCUUUAUCUUUCUUUUAUCAUCAAUUCACAUUUGUCGCUUUUUUUCUAAAAAAUUUCACUCCAUUCUAUGUCUUUUCCGUCAUUUUGCUUUUGUCAAUUUUGGUUUCUUUUUUAUUUCUUUUCUCAAUAGCCAACCAAAGCAAUUUAAAGAAAAAAGGAGGAGCCAAAAAUUAGAGAUUAGUCCUUGUUUCUAUCUCAGAAUCAACUCUCCAAUCCCAGAAAAAAAGCGUUAAAAAAACCUUCUCCGCACAAGUUGUUUAAGACUUUAGGUCUACCGCAUUUCCAAAUUUUUCGCAUCAUGUUUCACUUCAUCUUUGAUUGCAUCUUUCAUUCCCUUUUCAUGUUAUCCUUUCCUUUCCUCUCCCUUUGUUUUUCUUUCUUUCUCUUUCACUUCUCAUUCAUCAGUCAAAUCAGAAACGGACUGUCUUAAUCUUUUAGGCCUCAUCAAAUUGUCUUGUCAAGUAACUUUCUCUCAUGAAACAAUAACAAAAAAAAACAACAAAAAAAUGCAACUUAAGAGAUAAAAAAAAUUAAAAUAUACUCGCAACCAAACUUUCUCCAAAAAACACUAGGCAAAAAAAACUAUCGGAUCUAAGUAUUUUACCUUUUUUGGAAAACCUCCCUACCUACUACCUCCCUUGUUUUUCCUUAUCUUUCUCUUGUUUCUCAUCUUUCUCCUCAUCCCAUGCCACUUUGCAUCAUUCUUUUACCCUUUUUUCCAGUUGCUUGUCGAUGUGCCUUGUAUAUCUCAUCCAAGACAAAGAAAAACCAAACAAGAAACAACUCCAAUUACAACUACUACUUUAAAAUUUAAAGAAUCAAGGUGAACACAACCAAUCAACCUAACAAGCGGCUACUAGCAACAGCAGUAAGAACGCAACCAUUUAAGAUGCAAGAUGUUAAUAAUAUUUAAUUUGACGAUAGGGAUUUUGGAAUUAAUAAACACAAAUCUUAAAGACGAAACCAAAUCGAGGAAUUGUAUUUCAACUGGAUCAAGUAGCAAAAAUAGUCAUUCACAGGAAAAGUAAAAGCAACCAAUCCACAUUUACCACAAUACAAAGCAUAUACACUAACUACAUACACAUACACACACUUGAAACACAUCCACAUCACACAUGCUAAGAAAUAACGUUGGUACAUAACGUCUGAAAGAAACUUAAAAACACCAUCAAAACACUCUUCACAUACUCAAAUCACUCAAACACAACAAAAAAAAUUAAAUAAUAUAAAUUCACUCAUACUACGGUAAAGCAACCAACUAACAGCCCUGUUGAUGUGCGAGCUGCUAGUCAAUUGUCCCAUUUUACCAAGCCAAAAAAUCUAAACAAUGAUUGUUAAUGAAAUAAAUAAUGAAGACAUAAACCAAGAAGUGGAACAGGCGACGAACAAAAAAAUCAUGUAACUGCAACUUAAAGCAAAGAAAAAAAAGUUAAAGUCCAAUUCCCUCAAACAAGAAUUUAAACCUUUCGAUCCUAAGUGAUAAAUCCCAUAGAAAACUUGAAAUGACCUUAAUUCCCAUGUAACUUGAAAACAAAAGACAAACAAAAUUAUAAACUACAAACAACAACAAAAAAAAUCACUCAGCAAUUUUUGCUGGAUAAUCAAUCAUUUCUCAAGUAAAAAACGAAAGCAAACGAAAUGAAAACACUUAAA